AUGGAAACCGGUCAGUUUCGAGACCUUGGUCGCCUCUUAGAGGAUGAGUCCUCUCGAGGUGUCGGCACUCCGCAUGGCUUUGUUCCACCGGAUUCCGCAAGUCGUCAUGGAGACCCUCACCGGGUUGACGCACAGGAUCUGACCACCUUCGCACCCGUCAAUGCUGACUGUCUCGGCGAAGACAUCGCCCGACCGGACGAAAACGAGGUUCCGGAAAGAGCCGCAGAGCGGCCUGAAACGGUUGAUCCAGUCGAGUCACCAUUGCCAGGAGCUCCCAUUCCAAAUGUAUACGCAGCGAAAACGAUAAGCGGUGGGGUAGCCCACGAUGACAUGCUCGGCCACAGGAGACAAAACGUCCUGAAUGACGAGCAGGUGGCCACUACGCGUGGUCUCUUCAAGGAGCUCGAUGUAGAAGCCAAAGGACUCCUCGACCCCAACCAAAUUGGUACUCUACUUAAUACACUCGGGUACCAAUUGUCAGAGGAAGAGCUGCAACAAGCAAUGGAUGACUAUGACGUUGAAUAUGAAGACGGUCUUAAUGAAGACAACCUCGUUCAGCUCGUCGAGGAGGUGGAGGCUAGUACAGUGCAGAAAAGAAAACUUUUUGAGGCCUUUGCUUUAAUGGACGUGGACAGUAGCGGCAUCAUAGAUAUAGCCCGGCUACAGGCGUUGCUGUGCGGGACAGAGGGGGGAGGAGCAGAGGAUGUACCGGAUCCCCUAUCUGAGGCCGAGUUCGCCUACUUCAUGCUUGAGGCACGAGCCAUGAAAGAUGGCAGAUUUGACUACAGGAGAUUUGUCAACGACCUUCUUUUUUCCAAAGCUCCAAUUGAACCUGUCGGAGGCAAGAAAAAAGGCAAAGGGAAGAGGAAGAAAAAGCGGCCGGAGUGGAAUUUGAAUCUUUCCCCUUGUGUGUUUGCCAGGCUAGCCGGAGGCGCAGUAGCCCGCCCGCCUGACACUGCGCCUGCGGAACAACACACGCUCUUCACAGAGGCUGCCGCCCUCUGGGUGCGGGGUGUGCUCCUCAGAAUCCUGAACGGCCAUCCAGAGCAGACCGCCUGGCUAAAUCUCGCUUACUGGGAGAGUCCCCAGCGCAGCACGCAGGUGGCGGCGUUCUGCUCGCGCUAUCUCUGGGCAGGCGCUGUCGUCUACAUGGCAACGUGGGUCCUUGUUUCUCUUCUCUUCAAAUCCACGAAACCGGCGAAGCAUGACCAACAGAGACGCGCUGCUGAGGACAAAUGUGGCGAGAGACGCUCCCCGCCCAGGCCGCCCUCUGCGGUCCUCAUGGUGUGGAAUGCCAUCGUCGGCUUCGUUGCGUUCCUUGCCAUCGCCGCUCUCGUCGAAGACGACUCGUCCAUGUUUCUGUCGCCGCUCUUUCGCCUGCCGACCAGUUACCGGCCUGUGGCCCGGGCGGUGGUGUCUCUUGUUGCCCCAGUCACUUUCACUUUCUUCUUCGCCGACACUCUUCUCUGCCUCGUUUUAGAGGGCGCUGGCCGCACCACGUUCACACACUUUGUCGGCCAUCUGUAUCUGCCUCUUUUCCUAAACUUCUGCGUGGGAACGGGCCUUCCGGCGGUCCACACGCUCGCCCUUCUCCAUCUCGCCGGCGUCGCCUUCGGGCGCACACUCGACGUCGCCUCAACAGCAGCCUUCUUCGCGUCCCUGUCCCUCUCGCGCCGAGAGGAGAGUCUCUCUGCUCCAAAGGGCGGCUCGGGCUCGGGGGAAGGCCGCGCUGAAGAUCCCAGCCACACGCAGAAAGACGAAACAAAGCACGCAAGUGAAGAAACGGGAGGCCCAAAGACGGGAGAUGCCUCCAGCGCGGACCUAAAGACACUCGACUCCGACGCGGAGGGCGGUUUUGGCCGGGCGACUCUGAUUCGGUGCCAUCGCCUCCUGGAGGUUGUGCAGCCGUGGGUCACUGCUGCCGUCUGCCUCUGUGCGUUGUACGACCCGACGACGAGUCUUCUUCCUGGAGCCGCUUCGAUGUGGACGGCCUGCAAAUGGGGUGUGGGCAUGGAGAUUCUGCUCUCCUACUACUCUCUGAGCGUGUAUUUGAGUCACUACCACCAGGAGCUCCGGGCCUUCAUGUUCGCCUUCUUGAUGUAUUUCCACGUCUUCGCCUUCGUGGGCAUUCUGUUGCUUCUGAGUCACCCGUCGGCUUGGCGGCUCUUCUUCGAGGUAACAGGGUUCUACAUGGUCGGGGGUCUGGGCAUCACUUGCGGCGCACACCGUCUCUGGGCGCAUCGAGCGUACAAGGCAGCUUUGCCGUGGCGAAUUGCCAUGUUGAUUCUCAACUCCUUCGCCAAUCAAGGCUCCAUCUAUCACUGGUCCCGUGAUCACCGGGUCCACCACAAGAAUUCAGACUCAGUAGGCGAUCCGUACAACGCGACCAAGGGGUUUUUCUACUGCCACAUGGGCUGGCUGCUGUACAAGAAGCCUGCAGAAGUCUCCAUUGCGGGAAGAGACAUUGACUGCAGCGACUUGCUGGAGGAUCCCUGUGUCCUCCUGCAAAAGAAACUCGACCCUUGGUGGAACCAGUUUUUCUGUUUCGUCCUCCCCGGGCUCUACGGCUACUACGUGUACAACAGCUUCUGGCUUGGCUUCUUCGCUCACGGAGCGCUGCGCUGGUGCAUGACGUUGCAUGCAACCUGGACUGUGAACAGCGUGGCGCACUUUUGGGGCGACCGACCGUAUGCGCCGCAGACACGCCCGAGUGAAUCAAUUUUCACUGCCUUCGUCGCCGUCGGCGAGGGCUGGCAUAACUGGCAUCACAUGUACCCCUACGAUUACGCCGCUGCAGAAGGCGGCGUGUUCGAGAACUACAACCCGUCGAAACUGGUGAUUGAUACGGGCGCUCUGUUCGGGCUCGUGUGGAACCGCCGCCGCGCGACAACGGCGUGGCAGAGGGCGAGAGAAAAGCGCGACGAGCUGAUGAGACAGGAGGAGGAAAAGCUGUUGCAACGUUCUGGAGCGGACAAGCAAAUCAUCUACAUGGAGUCGAUUAAGCAAAUGUUUCCCGCGCGUGUGUAUCGCGUCCACACUUUCGCCAACCUCGCGGUGCUCCUCCGAGACGUCCUUCUCGUCGCGGGCCUCUCGUUUGUCGCCUACCGCUUCCUCGGCGUCGCGGCGCUUCUCGAGCUCCUCGCAGCUCCGUCGCCCUCGCCCCUGCUCCGAGCUGCGCAGUUCACGCUGCUGGUGGGGCUUUCUGUGGCCUUUGCAGCCGCCACAGGGACGCUCUGGUUCGCUCUCUUUGUGCACGCGACCGAGGCUGCCAAUGGCAAAUUCUCCUCCUCGCCUCUGCUCAACCACGCAGUCGCGGCUUGCAUUCAGGCUGCCCUGCUCGUCCCGUACAAACCCAGACGCGCGGGCGAACCCUUCGAAGCUCCGGCUAUCAGGCAAGUCCGGAAGCAAGACGAAAUAUGCCGGAAGGAAGGGAAGCAUGCGCUUCCGGCUCCUGUCCCCGCUCUGUCCCCCCUCACCUUCAGACCCUGUCUCUUCGACAGUUGCUUCCGCUUCGCCCACCUGGCAGGAGCGAACUGCUGGCAAACGAGCUUCUUCACAUGCAUCGGAGUGUUCGCCGCGCUGGCCUGGCUAGCGGGAUCCCAAGGCUACCUCAGCGAGGUCCUAAUCUUCUACGUCGGUCCGUACCUUGUUUGCAACGCGUGGAUGGCGUACUACUACGGCCUUCUCGAAGGCGGAGGCCCCCACGAUGUGACCAAUGAAGAGAACAACGUGAAUUUCAAAAUUGCGGCGCCUUCGGCUCUCCGAUGGAUGCGCGAUGUCAGUGACGAGCGUCGGCGAACGCGGAAAGCCCAUCGCGGAGGUCUCCUGUGGAAGUGGAUUGACCAUCUCCACCACGAACUUCCCAAGAAACACCUGAUCCAAGCUCUCACAUACGAUGUUUCUCGUCAAGGGUUGGGUGAAGCGUCGCGCAUCCUUCGUCAGCGCCUGGCAACAGCCCCCGAGUUUUCGACAGAAUCGGAUGCAGAGCUCGAGACGGAGGCGACGCGCGCUUCAGGACUGGAGGAAGAGAUCCUCUUGGCGCAGGGCGAUGAAGGCCAGCUGAAAAGUGGAGACGCGAAGCGGAAAACCUCAGUGUUGGCCCCCAACGAAGAGCUGAAGAGACGCGAAGCAGCGGCGGCGCUUCGCGCAUGUGGCUGUUAA